CACAUUUUGAUAUUGUACUGUAUUACUGUGAACACGUUAUUAAUUUGAAAAAAAAAUCAAUAAAAUAAUUAAAAAUAUUUUAUUUUAAUAAAUAAUAUUAUUUAUUGUAUAUUUUUGAUUAAACGUUGAAAACUGAUUUAUGAUGGACAACGAGAAACCCGAUGUAUUAGCUGUGAACGAGUUAAGGUAAGUUAAUUCAAGCUAUUUCAAUGUGCUGUUACAUUUAUUGUUUAAGUGGAAUGUUAUUUAAAGAAAGUCCCUUGGGAUUAUAACACUUUCAUUCAACAUUGCUCAAUUAUAUUUUGAUUUUGAUAUACCUACUUAUCCAAUAGUUUUGUUUAAAGUUGCAUUUAAUUAAAUAGGUAUUUUACUGAUUUUGCUUGUACAUUUGUUUAUAACAAUUUUUAAAUUUUUAUUCGGAUAGAACAUACUUGCUACUUGCAUUUGAGUAGGUUAGGUUGAUAGUCAUAUGUUAAGUUUCUUAAUUUCUUUGGAGUAUUUCAUUUACUAUGUUUCCUGAUUUAUAAAUUAAUCCAGUGUCCUCUUCAGCGAGUUAUGAAUUUUAUUAUACCUACAUUUUUAUUAUAAUAAAUAGUAUCAGAUAAUAAGUUUUCCAACGUGUGAUAAUUGGAAUAGAUGGUUAGUCAAUGUUGAUAUUUGUAGUUUUAAACAUUUAAGUUCUACUAGGUAAUUGUACUAGCUUUCAAAAAUAAUUUUAUAAGUUAAGUUAACCAUAUAUCUUUUAACUCAUUUUUUUUUUAAAUACACUUUUCAAUGCCGAUAUUAGAACUGUUUGAAUUUUUUUUCUGCGGAAAUCAGUAUUAAAGAAGUUAUGAAGGUUUAAAGUUUGUUAUUAUGAAGUAGUUAUUUAUGGUUUUUGCUUAAAUAUCUAGUUUCAUAUUCAUUUAUUUAUAUUUGACUAGCGUUGUUUCUUUUUUUGUAUGUAAACAUUCGUCUAAUCAAAUUUAAAAAUUUUGAUUUUGCCCCAACGCUCACAAAAAUCAAUUUUUUUUCCUGUUACUAACUCGAUGAAGUAUUGGCCAACAAAUCGAGGGGUAUUUUUAUUUAAAAAAGUCUGAGCAAACUCAGGGAUUGAGUGACCCCACUUGAUCUCUAGGUGCACCUUUAAUGGCAAUACUUCAAACUUUCAUCAUUUCUUUAAUAAUGAUUUCCCUGAAAAAUUCAAACGUUAUAGAAUAGAUUCUAUAAUCAAUGAUUUGGUGUAAAAAUAUUGAUGGCUCGCUGUUAAAAUUUCUCCAUGUUGCACACUACUGGUUUAUUCAAUACCUAUAUUAAUUUGAAAAUACUAAAUUUUAUUUUAAUUUUAGAUUAAGUUUUUAAAAAUAACUAUAGUCUGUCCAAAGUGAGAACACUCCUCAUUACAACAAAAAUCAGUACAUUAUGACAUUGUUUUUGCAUCACCCAGCCAUAACAGUUUUUUAACGCAUGUUUGCAUGUAUAUUUAACAAUUAUAAGCGCAUAUAAACCUGGUCUUAAGUAAUAAUUAUCUGUUUGAAAAUUUGCAUUAAAACAUGUAAGUUUUCAUUUGAAAAACCAAAGUUGGUUUCUUCACAAAAUACUCCUUAAAUGCUGUGAAAAAUUAAAUAUUAAAAAUAUCGUCUUUAAUUAUACUUAAAAAUUAACCUGUAUAUACACAGGAUGCCCCACGAAUAAUAUUCUAUUUAAUGUUACAAUAAAAAAAGAAAAUCGGAUAUUAAAACAUUAAUAGGUAAUCUAAUAAGCAGACAAUCUAUUUACACCAUUAAAUUUGGUAUAACCAGUUUACAACCCAAGCUCAUUUUUUAAAUUUUUUUUUCAAAAUAUGUGGUUUUGCUUAUACUUAAAGAAUUAAAAAAAAAAGUCUGAUGAACUUUGUUUGUAAGUUAUGGGAGAAAACUUUAUGAAGCUUGGGUUUUUCUGUUUCCCGUAUUUUUUAGUGAGAAUUAAACAUUUUCAAUUUUUUUUUUUUCAAAUUUUUAAUGCUUAAUUCAUUGGUAUAAUUAGAACUUACCUAUUAUAGUUACUUUUAUAGUUAUUGUAUCUAAACUUUGAAACAUAGCAUUUUUGGAAUUAAUCCAUAAUGUGGUUGUUUUUAUCAUUAUUAUGAUUUGUAGUUGUUGAUAUCUUGAUAACAAAGUUUUUUUUAUUGAAGUCAGAAUAAGUGUAUCUGAUUUAGAUAGAUCUAAACCAUAUAGAUAAAUCUAGAUUUAGAGUUACAAACAUUCAAACCCUAGUAACCCUGCCAGAUCUUUAGGUGAAACCAAAAUGCUAUUUUCAAGGUUUAUGUAUAAUAAUUUCAAAAAUAAGUUUUGAUUGUACCAAUGAAUUAAGCAUACAAAAUCAUAUGUUUAGGAAAUUAAAAAAUUUGAAAAAUGAGUUUGGGUCAUAAACUAGAUUUGUUCUGUAAAUUAUAAAUUGUUAAACAAAUUUAAUUUUUUUCAUAAAAUUGAAUAAUGAAAUUAUAAAAAAAAUUCUUUGUGAAUACAAGUGUUCUUCCAGUGUUAUUAUCUUCAAAUUAGUGCAAUAAUUUUUAUUUUAAAUUCUUUUAGAGGGUAUUAUUGAAACACUUUAAAUACAUUUUUGUUUUAUUCCUAUUAAAUGUGGUCUUCCUUUGAAUGUAUUUAUUUCUUUUGACAUCAAAAAUAUUAGUAGUACCUAUACAGUAUAUAUAUAUAUUUAUGUGAGCAUGUAAUUUUUAGCAUAAUAUUAGACUAUUAUGCUCAACAUCCACCACCUUGGAUUGAGAAUUCACCAUCUGGAGUAAAAAAGAGAAAAUUGGUUGAUAAUAAAGAUUUAGAAAUAGCCGAAGAAGUUUUUUUACUGUUAAAUCAUGCAGCUGAACAUUUUAGAAACCUUUGGAAUUGGGCUGAGUUUGCCAGUAUCUAUUUAAACCAUAAUGAUACAUAUGUUGUUUGGUAAGAUUUUUAUGUAUAUUUAGUUAUUGGUUUAAUAUGUUAUCUACUAUUACCUUAUGAUCCACCUCAUUAUUUUUAAAAUUAAUUUAUUAUAUAAUAAUUAACAAAAUUCAUAAAAUGUAUGAUAUUAAUAAUCAAAAAACAAUUAAAAUACAACCAAUUUUAAAUUUAAAUUUUAUGUUAUGCAAUGUAAGUGUUCCUAAUAUAAAAAAAUGCCUCAAAUUAAUUGUUUUAUAGAUUUAUGGACUGCCACCAUUUUUCUAUCAGUUGGUUUUCAAUAAUAUUGUUGAGGUUCCUUUUUUAAUUUUAUAAUUAUAUAAUUUUAACACGAUUCCACAAAACUUGGGUGAUAGUGUCUAAUUGUAGGUUUAGAAAAAUUCCCAUGAUAAACAGUAUCAUGAUAAUAGUCAUUGUGUAAACAUGAAUACACAUUGGACCAUGGUAAACAUGAUCAAAUGGUGGCUGCUUUCUCUAGCGGCAUCCAGCCCUCUACUGCAUGAUUGCAUGAUAGAGGACAUACUUUAUUGUAAGGAGUAGAAUGAGAGGAUAAGGGAGGUGGAGGCAAGGGUCAACCAUAAAACCAGCACCCUCAAAGGUCCAGCUAGUCCUCCAUCAUUAAGACUGGCUCAGGGUCAUGUAUAAGCUAGGUCAAGUUAUCAUUCUUGAUUAGUUAGUUGGUUUAAAAGUAUCCUAAGUUAAAUAAGUUUGUUGAGUGAAGGAAAAAACAGGAUUUCAAUACCACUAGGCUGUUCUUAAUUAGUAGUUUAAUUUGCUGUUCUUAAGUACAUAAUUUGUAAACAAUAAAUUAUUUAAUUUACUUGAAUUUUAACAAAAUCAAUUUUUUAAUUAGGUAGGUACCUAUUUUAUUAUAAUAAUUAAAAAUUAUUAAUUAAACUUACUAUUAGUACUAGUCUAUUUCAUUUCUAUUGUAAAAGAUUUAGUUGGUUUAUCUGCAAUAAUUUUGGCUUGUUUAUUUUCUUUGUUAAAGUAUGAAUAAAAUAUUAGAAAAUAUAUAAAUUAUUGAAUUAUAAAAUAAAAUUAUGAAUUAUGGAGUAUUAAUUAAAAUAAAUUUGAGUAUUGAAAUUUUUUAUUUUUGUUAAGCCAUUGAGGAGAUAUUCCACUUUUAAGUUUGAUUUGGAGGAGAGUAGUGGAAUAUCAUUUAUGUGGUGAUACAGAGCACAGUGUGUUAAUAAUGCACCACCAUUCUCCUCCAACCCAAACUUAAAAGUGGAUUAUCUCCUCAAUGGUUUUACAGAAAUAAACAAUUUUAACACUUAAAUUUAUUUUAAAUAAUACCCCAUUUAUGGAAUAUUUAAUAUAGUUUGCCACUUGAAAUAAAAUGUAGAUAGUGGUUUUACCUCCAAAAAUAACAUAAAUAUAAAACUGUAGAGCAGCUUAUUUCUUAAAUGCUGUAGAAAACAAAUUCUGGAAAAAUUUAAAUUGAGUACCCAUUUAAAUGGAUCACUCGGUAUAUAUAUUUAUAUGUUAUAUUAUAAAUAAUAGUGUAUAUAUUUAUUAAUAAUAUGUAAUAUGUAUGUUACAUAUAUUUUACAGUAAAAGAGGCAAUUAACAGUUAUUAGCUUAAUAGCAUUAAUACUUAUUGUCUUUUGUUGGUAAAUAUUAUGCUUGGAUGGGAGCUGAGUACACUAAGUGUGUACAUUGGUAUCUCAUAUAAUAAUCAAUAUUAUGUCAAUCUUGGCUGAGUAAUUUACACAAUAUUGACAUUUUAAGUCAAAUCAAACCAUUAUAAUAUGAAAUAAAAUACAAGAUAAUAAAAUUAAUAUGAAUCAAUUUAAUGUGCAAAUGAAAAAAUUGAUGGCUUUGGGCCUUAGAUCUAACCUGUUGAAUCCCAGGGCUGUGCAUCACCUUCACCUAUGAUUUUUACAGCACUGAUUAAAAUUAGGUUAUUCUCAUCUGUUUUUUUAAUCAGGAAAAAAUUGUGUUUUAAAAUACUAAUAACACAUGUGUUUUUAUAAAAUAAAAAAUGUACUUUUGUCCACCCUUUUACAAUAAAAUCAAUGUAAAACUACUAUCUGGAUUAAUCUUUACUAAACUGUAUACAAUGAUAAAUAUUAAAUUAGUUUUUCUGUAAAUUAUGAUUCAGUAGGUAAUAAUGACUUUAAUAAAUAGAUAACAUAUUGAAUCAUACAAUAUUCAAUUCAAAUAAAUUAUUUAAUCUUUUAACAUAAUAAUUAUCAAGGUUGGCUUGUCAAUGUAUGGGAAUAAUAUUUCAACUGACUGAAUCUGAUAAAAAUAAUCUUAUAUAUUGUUAUAUGGAACCUAAGACAAAUAUAGAACAUAUGCUUGCAUAUAACUUAAAGUCAUGCAAUUUUAAGUCUAAAGAUUAUCUAAAAUCAUAUAUAACAAACAAAUUUAUAUCAGUUGAAGAAGUAUUUUUACCUUCUAUUGGACCACAAAAACGGGUAUAUUUAUAUUGUAUUAAUUAUUAGAAUAGAAACUAAAUUAGAAAAGUUUUAAUUUAAUUUUAAUAUGUAUAUUAUAGCAAAAUGAUCUUAUACUUGUAAAUUCUACAAAACAAAAUUUAAGGAAACUGUCUAUAGCAGUCUCUGCUGGUAAAGCUGUUUGUUUGGUAGGUCCAGUUGGAAGUGGAAAGAGUUCUUUGGUACACUAUUUAGCCAAUAUUACAGGUAAUAAUACUCGAAUUAAUUUAUUAAUAAGCAUUUUACUUAAUUUACUGUAUUCAAAUUUAAGUAAAAUAUAUUCAAGUUAAUUUAAUAAUAAUUAUGUACAAUUUGUAUUAGAUUGUUUUUAUUGUUUUUAAAUUUAAAAUUUAAUAAAUACUAUAUACUAAACUAUAUUCUUGAUAUAUAUAUAGGACACACUGAUGAAAAUCUAUUAACAGUACAACUUGGAAAUGAAACUGAUUCUAAAAUGAUGUUGGGAUCUUAUCAUUGUACUGAUAUUCCUGGAGAAUUUAUAUGGCAACCUGGAGUUCUUACAAAAGUGUGUUGUUUUUUUAACUAAUUUUAUGGAUAAAUAAAUUGAAAUAAAUAAAUAAUACUUGUAUUUUCUUUUUUUAACCUAUGAAAAUGAUACCAUUUCCAUUUUUUUUAGGCUGUAACUGAAGGACUUUGGCUGUUACUAGAAGAUGUUGACUCAGCUUCUAAUGACUUAGCAGCUGUACUCGGAACUCUAAUUGAAAGUCGGUCACUUACAGUGCCUGGAUAUAGAGAUAGAAUUAUCCCUGCUACAGGAUUUCAACUGUUUUUUACUCAAAGGGUAAUUACUACUACUAGUGGCUAUUAUCAUAAACAGAACACUGCAACUGAUUUAUUAGAAAAACAUUAUAUUCAAAUAAACAUUGAACCAUUAAACAAAAAUGAGCUAAUUGAAGUUAUUGAAAUUAAGGUACAAUCAAUUUUAAUCAUACAUUAUUUGUUUUGUUAUAUUUAAUAUAAAAAAAAAAAAAAACAAAUUUUAGUUUCCUGUAUUAAAAACAAUAAGCCCAAAAAUUAUUGAUGUCUUUUUGUUAUUUUCUGCUGGAUUGCACAAUAAUGAUGUAGUAUUAAAUUUAAAAAGUAAUGCUAGAUUAACUUCUACAAGAGAUUUAUUAAAAUGGUGUUCAAGGAUUAUUAAAGAUUAUGAAGUCACUUCUAACGAAUCUGCUUUAAGAGUAAUUCAAGAUGCAAUUGAUAUUUUUUGUUGUAGUGCAGAUAAUUCAAGUGAGUACAUAUAUUCAUCAAAUAGUUAAAUUAAAUGUAACAUUUCAUAAUUGUACACUCUUUCAUAUCAAUUUGAAUGUUAAAUAUUUUUAUAUAAUAUUCCUAAAUUAGUACAAAUAUAUAUACACUCAGGGUGUUCCAUUAUGUUCAAUAGAAUUCCUAUAGCUAAUAAUAUUCAAUACGAUCUAGUUUUCUUUUAGGAGAACAUCUAUUAAGAGAUAAAUAAAAUUUGUAUUUUCACACCUUAAUUUCUAAAAAAAAAUAAACUUAAUUUUAUACAAUUUUCAAAAUAUGUGUAAAUACAUACAUAUGAUAUAUAAAAACCAAAUAUUAGUACUGAAUAACAAAAAAAAUAACAUGAUUAUGUGGGAAAAUUAAUAUUUCAGAAUUUAUGGAUAUGGGGUAAAAUUUCCAUCAUUGUUGUAUACUUAUUUUAUACUAUUAAUUCCAUCUAAGAUAAAUAAAUAUUAACAACUGCCAUUAUGUAUAUUUGCUCUUUUUUCAAUUUUCUAAAUAAAAAUUGUAUUUUUUUUAGAAAUGAGACUAGAACUUGCUUGUCAUAUUGCUUCAUUAGUUGGCGUUGUAAAAACUAAAGCGGAAUUCUUUUUGAUUGAGUAUAAGCCAACAAUAGUUCUUGAUGAAAAAUGUUGCAUCAUUGGAAGAGUUACACUACCACGCAAUGGAUCUUUUUUAACAGUAAAUGAUACGUAAGUAUUCAAUUUUCUUAAAAUUAUAUAAUUUAUUAUUUGAAUCGAUGAUUGUAGAAUGUCAUUUAUUAUUUCAAACUUUUAGAUAGUUGAUAAAAACUGUAUAAUAUAAAUAAUUUUGAAAAAAAAAUGUAACUUUUUUAAGUUUCAUUCAUUUUUAUGAACGCAUAAAUAUCAUAUACUGAUUAUUAAUUAUGUAUAUCAUAUACUGAUUAUUAAUUAUGUAUAAUUUUUCUGUAAAAAUAAUUUAAUGUGCCCUUAGUACUGAUUUUCAUAUUUAAUUAAAUAUAUUGCACUUCAGCAAUCAUCUUUUUUUUUUAUAAUAAUUUUACGUUCAAAUUUUUUUUCAUUGUGAAUAUUAUGGUAUUUCAAAACAUCAAUAAUUUCCUUCAAAUUCUCAUGUCUUUAUCAUUGAUAAAUUAAAUAAUUUUAUGUAGCUUAACUUCCCACCUAGAACAUUAAUACACCUAUAUUAGCACUCUUUUAAGUUCUCACACAUGUGGGCUUUUCAGACCUAUUUUACAAGUGAUAAUCCACCUCAGGGAAGCAUCAUAUAAUAUAAUUCCUAUUGCAGAAAAGUAACUACUAAUUAACUACUAGUUACUUAGAUAGGUAAUUAUAGAUAUAGGCGAAACAAGCAAAUUUGUUUAUAAAAAAUUUUCGGAAUAAUAUUAUACUAUAUUUAACACUUUUUUACUCAACAAAUGUUUGUUUUGUAUAUUUUGUUUGCAUUGUGGACUAUGUAGUUAAUAUAGUAUCUAUUAUACUUUAAUUUAAAUUUAUUUUUUAGGUCAAAUUCCAAAUUUGCUCUGACACGGUCUUCUUCAUGUCUUCUAGAACGUAUGGCUUGUUCUAUUUUUAUGCAAGAAUCUGUAUUGCUUGUUGGAGAAACUGGUACAGGAAAAACAUCAGCACUUCAGUUAUUAGCCAAACAUACAGGAAAUAAAUUAAUUGUUUUAAAUAUGAACCAACAUAGUGAUAGUGUAGAUCUUAUAGGAGGUUAUAAACCAGUUGAACUAAAGAUUAUUAUUAAACCAAUCAGAGACAAAUUUGAAAGGCUUUUUAGAGCAGAAUUUGAUGUAGAACAAAAUGUCACAUUUUUGAGCCAUAUAUCGGUAAAUUAAACUUUUUAAAUGUUUUCGAAUUAUGCAUGUUAUUAUAAUUGUUGUUCUAGACUUGUUUUAAUAACCAUUCAUGGUCCAAUCUGAUUAAAUUAAUUAAAUUUGUGAUACAACGUGCUGUUGAUAAAAAUACGAAAAAUAACAAACCUAUCAAUUAUUGGUUAGAGUUAAAUGAAGAGUUAAAUAGUUUUGAAAUUAAACUAAAACAUUGUCAAACAUCAAUGGCUUUUGCAUUUGUGGAAGGGAGUCUUAUUCAAGCUGUUAAAAAUGGUAAUUAUUUUAUAUAGGAAAUAAGAACCUUAUUAAAACAUGUUUAUUGAGUGUUUGUUUAGGUUAUUGGAUUUUGUUAGAUGAAAUAAAUCUAGCCUCAUCUGAAACAUUACAAUGUCUAUCAAAUUUACUCGAAUCUGAGGGAACUGUAACUAUAUAUGAAAAAACUGAUUUCAAACCUAUAACCAGACAUCCAAACUUUAGAUUAAUGGCCGCCAUGAAUCCAGCAACUGAUAUUGGUAAAAAAGAUUUACCUUCGGGUAUAAGAAACAGGUAAUAUCUUAAAAAAAAGUUGAUCGUGUUAAAUAUUAAUUAACAAUGGAUACAAUUUUGUAUUUUAGAUUUACAGAAUUUUUUGUUGAUGAAAUAAGAGAUCGAUCAGAUUUAAUUACUUUAACAGCUUGCUACUUACCUGAUUAUUCAUUUAUAAAAUUAAAUGAUAUUUCAAAAUUUUAUUUAAUUGCAAAACGUGAAGCUGAAACAAGUUUAACUGAUGGAACUGGUCACAAACCCCAUUACAGCUUACGGACUUUUUGCCGUGCAUUAUCAAUAGCAUCAUCGAAUCCAUGCCAAUCUACUCAAAAAUCAUUAUAUGAAUCAUUCUGCCUUAGUUUUCUAACUCAGUUAAAUUCUUUUUCUCAUAAACGUGUUGAACAGUUAAUAGCAAGUACUAUGUUCAGAGAAACAUUAAUUCAAGCAGUUAUUAACCAGCCCAUUCCAAGACCUAUUACAAAACCAAAAUCUUAUAUUCAAAUUGAAGGUUAUUGGAUACAAAAAGGAGACUUGGAACCUUCCCCUUUUCAAAAAGUGAUUAGUUUAAUUUUUAAUAUGGACUGAAUUAUCUAAAAUAUAUUUAUUUUACAGUAUAUUUUAACAAAUAGUGUAAAACUGAAUUUAAGGGAUCUUGUAAGAGUUGUAUCCUUAAGUAAAUUCCCAGUAUUGAUUCAAGGAGAUACUUGUGUAGGAAAAACAAGUCUCAUUACAUACUUAGCUUCAGCUUCUGGAAAUAAAUUAGUACGUAUUAAUAACCAUGCUCAUACAGAUACACAAGAAUAUAUUGGUUCAUAUUUGGCUCAAUCAAUUACAGGCAAACUUGUUUUUAAAGAAGGUGUGUUAUAAUUAUUGUUUUUUUAAUAAUAUAUAUCUAAUGAUAACAUUUUAUUAUUAGAAACCCUGUGGUUGUAAAUGUUUUCAUUUAAUUUUAAUUAUUAUAGGUGUUUUGGUUGAGGCAAUGAGAAAGGGUCAUUGGAUUAUAUUAGAUGAACUUAAUUUAGCUCCAACUGAUGUGUUAGAAUCCUUAAAUCGUGUUUUAGAUGAUAAUCGAGAAUUAUUUAUACCAGAAACUCAGACUAUUGUAAAAGCUCAUCCUGGAUUUAGAUUAUUUGCUACUCAAAAUCCACCAGGUUUAUAUGGAGGACGUAAAGUGAGUAUUGAUUUUACUAUAAAUCUGUGUAAAGUUUAAUAAUAAUCAAUUUUUUUUUUUUUUUAUUGGUUUCAAUAUAAUAUUUUUAUAAGUUUUUCUAAGUUAUUAAAAAUUAAUUAUUUAAUAGUUUCCUUUUUAUUUGUAUUCAUAGAUAUUGUCAAGAGCAUUUAAAAACAGAUUUAUUGAGAUGCAUUUUGAUGAGAUUCCAGCAGAUGAAUUGGAAACCAUAUUAUUUAAGCGGUGUGAAAUUCCUCUGUCAUAUGCAAAAAAAUUAAUAUCAGUUAUGAAAGAGCUUCAAUCAACACGUAAAAUAAGUUCUGCAUUUUCCGGUAAACAUGGUUUAAUAACAUUAAGAGAUCUGUUUCGUUGGGGCGAACGGUAUCGUUUAUCAAACGGAUCAGAUAACUAUAAUUGGAAUCAGCACUUGAUUGAUGAAGGUUAGGUCAAUCAAAAUACAAAUUUUUUUUGAAAUACAAAUUAAAAUUUUUUAUUUUUCUUAGGUUUUCUAGUUUUAGCAUCCAAAGUCCGUAAACCAGAAGAAGAAAAAAUUAUAAUCCAAAUAUUAGAAAAACAUUUUAAAUGUUCACUUUCUUUAGAUAGAUUAUUUACAUGUGAGAUUUUUUUUAUUAUUAAAUCUUUAUAAAUUGUAACAUUUUUAAAAAUUUUCAUAGUUAAUGAAAACACAUCAUUGGUUACCCGUCAUAUACUUGAACAAAUACAGAAACCACCUCCUGGAUUUGAACAUAUUUAUAUGUCUAAAAACAUUAGAAGGAUGGUUGUACUUGCAUGUCAGUAUAAAUUAAUUUAAUAAUAUUAAAUUAUAUAUAACAAAUAUUAAAUAAUAAGUUUAAUUAAACAUCUUUAGGUAAAGCAAUUGAAUUCAGGGAGCCCGUUUUAUUAGUUGGUGAAACAGGUUGUGGUAAGACUACAGUAUGUCAAAUGAUUGCUGCUAUUAAAACUAAGAAAUUAUUAUCCGUUAACUGUCAUCAACAUACUGAAAGUUCAGAUUUUCUUGGUGGGCUGAGACCAAUUCGUAAUAGAGAUCAAGAAAAUGAUCAAAGGCUUUUUGAAUGGGUUGACGGACCAUUAAUUGAAGCAAUAACUGAAGGGCAUUUAUUUUUAGCUGAUGAAAUCUCAUUGGCUGAUGAUAGUGUUCUAGAAAGGCUUAAUUCAUUAUUGGGUAAGUUAUCUUUUAACAGUGUAAAAUACUUAUAAGUGAAAAACAAUCAUACAUUUCAAAAUUUAUUAUUUUUAGAACCUGAAAGAAAACUUUUGGUAACAGAAAAAAAUGAUAUUGAUAUUAAUUCAGAAAUCUUAGCUCACACAGAUUUUUGUUUUUUUGGUACCAUGAAUCCUGGUGGUGAUUAUGGAAAAAAAGAAGUAUGUUAUAUAAAAAAAAUAAUGGUUAUUGGAAUGAUAUUUUACUUAAAUUUCCUAUAAUUUGUAGUUAUCUCCAGCACUUCGUAAUCGAUUGACAGAAAUUUGGUGUGAAAGUUGUUUAGAAAAUGAGGAUCUUGUAAAAAUAAUUAGUCACAGUUUUUCAUUAUUUCACCAGGACAGUUUAUUAUUAAGUCAAUCAAUGGUUGAUUUUGUUACUUGGUUAAAAAAAACAGAACAGAUUAGAAAGUAAGAUUUUUCUAUAAUUUCAAUGAGGUUAAUUCUUUUUUAAACUAAUUAAUAUUAUAAUUCGCUAUACCAAUAAAAAUACUACAACUCAAUAUAUUUUAUAAAUCUUAAAAAUCCUUAAUAAAUUUUGGACCUAUCAAAGAAAUCCAUGUAACAAUAUUUUCAAAAAUUGUUUUAUUGUGUAAUAUGAUAUAACUUAAUGUUACCAACACAUGCAUAAAAGUAUUAAGAUAUUAAUACUAUUAGUUACUAUUACUAUUAUUAUUACUAUUAUAUAACACAUAUUAAGUAUUUCAAAAAUUGAUAGCAAAGCACUAAACAUAUACAUAUUAAUCUCAAUGAAAUCUAUUCGUGAUUUUCCUUUUCCUAAAUAUAUAUUUAUAGAAUUUUAUAAUAUCUCUAUGAUAGGUUUUGAAAUAUUAACUUAUGGUAUAUAUAUAUUUAUUUAAUUAGUUGCUAUUUUUAAUUUUAGUAAAUUAAAUCUUAAAUUUAGUUGUUAAUUGAUUUUUUUUUUUUUUCAAUAAAUACCUUUUAUAUUUGUGUCAUUUAUAUCAUAGUUAUUUAAAGUUGAACAUAAGCAUUAGAGACUACCUUAUUUGGGUAAAGUUUAUUGAAGCAAUGAUGAAACAAUUUUCACCAACUGAUGACAAAAAAAAAUUGCAAGCACUUAUAACAUUUUAUAGAGAAGGAGCAAUUAUGGUAUUUCUUGAUAAAAAACCUGAUAAAAAUCCAGUGUAAGUUUUUAUUUUUAAAUUAAAUUAAUAAAAUAUUCAUAGUAAUAUUUUUGUAGCCAUGACCGAAAUAUUAAGAAUGCUUUAAAUAAUUCUAUAAUAACAAAAUAUCAAAAUACAAUUGACUUCAGUGAUUUAUUAUUUGUGGAUAAAAUUAAAGAUUCACCUGAAUGUUUUGGGUGUGAUGGAUAUUAUAUAUCUAGAGGUAAUUAUUAUGCUAACAAUAUUUUAUUUAAAUACAUUUGAUUUUUCAAAUAUUUUGACUAUAUUUUUAAUAGGUAAUUUGCCUGAGAUAAAAGUACCAGAAUAUUCAUUUGAUGAUCCAAUUACUAAGCAAAAUCUUAAAAAAUUACUACGGUGCAUGCAAAUAGAUUGUCGAGCAAUAUUGUUAGAAGGAAGUCCUGGUGUUGGAAAAACUAGUUUAAUUCAAGCUGUAUCUAAAGCAUCUGGUCAUGAAUUGAUUCGCAUUAAUCUCUCGGAACAAACAGACGUGUCUGAUCUAUUUGGUUCAGAUUUGCCAAUAGAUGGAGGUGAUGGCGGAAGUUUUGAAUGGAGAGAUGGACCGUUUUUGAGAGCUUUAAAAAAAGGAAACUGGAUUUUAUUAGAUGAAGUAUAACACAUUUAGUUUAGAGUUAUUUUAACUAAUAAAUAUAACUUAUUAAUUUUCAUUAUUUGUUUGUUUAAGUUAAAUUUAGCAUCACAGUCUGUACUGGAAGGAUUAAAUGCUGUCCUUGAUCAUAGAGGUGAAUUAUACAUCCCAGAACUUAGCAAAACAUUUAUCAUAGAAUCUAAGAAAACAAGAAUAUUCGCUUGUCAAAAUCCAAUGAGUGAAGGUGGUGCUAGAAAAGGGUUACCAAAAUCCUUUUUGAAUAGAUUUCUCCAAGUAAUGUUAAAAAUUUAUUUUAAAAAUAUAUGUUAUUUAUGGGUUAUAAAAGUUAUAAUUUUAAUUUUAGAUUCAUUUAGAUAUAUUAUGCAGUCAUAAUAUUGUUAAUAUAAUUGAAAAUAUUUAUACACCGAAAAUAAAUGACAUUAAAACAUUACAUUUAGAAAAAGUAGUUGAUUUUACUUUAUCUUUCGGUAAUAAAUAUAAUGUUGACACAAAUUUAAGAGAUAUUUUACGUUGGGUUGAUGUUACAAUUGCAUUGGGUUCUACUGUUUUAGACCAUUUGCCUUUAAUAUUUACUGACCGAUUACCGAGCUUACAAAAUAUUGAAAAUGAAGUAAGUAUAUCAUAAUAUUUCUAUUAGUUCUUAUAAUUAAUUUUUUUAUUUAAUCUAUAUAUGUUGAAAUAAUUUUUUAUAAGGUAUUUGAUCAAAUGCAAAUCUUACUUAACAUUAAAUGUCAGAAAUAUGAAUUCAUGAGAGUAUUUCCUUCAGCGAUUAUGUUUAAUAGAAUUGUAGUACCACGUAACCGAGCAAUUAAUAUGCCAAUUGAUCAAAGUAAUAGUAAGCUAAUUUUGAGGUCACAUAUUCAUAUUUUGAAUUCAUUAGCUGUAUGUGUUAAAAUGAAUUGGAUGCCUAUUUUGGUAAUAUUAUUUUUUAUGUUUAACUGUAUUUUCUAUUAAUUAUAUGAUUUUGAAUUACAAUUUGUCAUUAUUGUUAACUUUAGGUAGGCAGUGGUAGUGGUAAAAAUUCUGUAAUUAAAACUUUAGCUCAACUUUAUGGGUGUGAAUUAUAUACAUUAUCUGUGAAUUCAGCUUUAGACACAAUUGAAAUACUUGGUGGAUUUGAGCAAGUAAUAAAUUAACUAAUUAAUUUUAAUUACUUUUUAUUUAUAAAAAAAAAAAAAUAAUAUUUGUAGGCUGAUUAUAAUAGACACCUUGAAGACUUUGCUAAAAUAAUUGAAAAUAAAAUUUAUUUGAAAGUUAGUGAAAAAAUGUUAAAUGGUCAAACCGAUUACAUUGAGUUAUUAUAUUUGUGGAAUGAAUAUAGGAAAAUGACUGGUAAAAUAAAAAAUGUACACAUUUUAGUUAUUGUUUUAACCAACUAAUGUUUAUUAUUUUGUUUUCAGAUGUGUGGAAUAAUAAAGUGACUACUAUGGUGUCAGAAACAACUUUAUUUAAAAACCGUACGCAUGCUUUAAUUAGAAUCUCCACUGCACUAAAUGAUUUUGAUAUAACUUCUUCACUUCAAGUUCUUAAAGACCGUGUUUGUUCUAUUGGAAAUUUAAACUCUGGUGGAAAGUUUGAAUGGAUAGAUAGUAUUUUAAUCAAAGUCAGUUAAUAUAUAUAUAUUAUUUUUAAUAUUAUAUUGUUUAUUUAUUGAUAUACUUUUAUAGUGUCUAAAUAAUGGUAAUUGGUUGUUAAUUGACAAUGUAAAUUUAUGCAGUCCAGCUGUAUUAGAUCGUUUAAAUGGAUUGUUAGAACCCAAUGGAGUUUUAGAAUUAGGUGAAAAGGGUAUUGGUUCUGAUGGACAAAUACAAACUAUAAAACCACAUAAAGAUUUUAGACUUUUCUUAGCUAUGGAUCCAAAACAUGGAAGUAUUUCAAGGUAAAAAUAUUUGAUAUUUUGACUUAAAUAAAAACAUUAAUUUUUUGAAAUUUAUGUUUUUAUUUCCAGAGCAAUGAAAAAUCGAGGUGUUGAAAUUUGUAUGUGCCCAUUAGAAGAAAUAUCUAGCCAUGAUAUUUAUUCUUUGCUUGAUGUACAAGGCAUUCAUGACAAAACAGUCAUUCAUAAAUUAAUAGAAAUCCACAAAAUUAUGAAAAACUUUGUUACUGGAAUUGCUAUUAGUAUAAAUCAUUUACUUCGUACUGCAUAUUUAGUGUCUCAAAACAUUAAUGGAGGAAAACCAGUAAUAGAAGCUAUCCGAGAAAUAUGUAUUGAUACAUAUGUCCAUCAUUUAAAUGGAAAUUCAAAACAAAAUGCUUUAAUGGAAAUUGAUUGCAUUUUAAAAGAACAUUCUAAAAUUCCUAAUGAAAUUUGGAUCCCUAAUCUUAAAUUAAUAGAUAUUUUGCAAUCAUCAAACUUCUGUUACAUAAAUCAACAGUGCAAUAUAUUGGAACAACACAAAUAUAAUGGUGAAAUAAGCAUUGAAGAUUUAUUAUUAUGCUAUUUUGGACGGUCAUCCAGUUCAGAUGUCACAGUUAGAAGUCAAUGGUUAUCAAAACGGUCAACUUUUUCUGAUGAAGCUAUUAAACAAUUUAUAAAAACACCUCCUGAAUUGAAAUUUGAUUUGUUACAGUUUGUAACAAAAUCUGUAGACUAUAUAGACCACAAAGAUUUACCAUUUGAUUUUAGAUAUUUACCUGAUGUUUAUUUUAAUAAAGUGCAAACUAUUUCCAAGUUAACUCCAUAUGCUGAAAAUAAAAUACAUCUGAUGUUGGAUUGGGCAUUAAAUAAAUGUUUAGAUCAAAAUUUUUUACUAAAAAAAAUAAAUGAAAAAAGUAACUCAAUUACAUUUAAAUCUGGUUUAUUUUUAGAUAUUAUUUUUUUUUUUUUAUAUAUAUAGAAAUUAUGAUUUCAAAUGGUGGUAUAUUGCAUGAUUAUGCCAUAUUAUCUAAUGCAUUUGAGGACUUCAUAAAUUAUUUCUUGAAUGACCAUUCAGUAAAUAUUAACGAAUUCAACAGUACACGGUUUAAAGAAUUAAUAAUCUGGACUCGAACAAUUGAAAAAAAAAUAUUUGAAAACUUGAAAGAGAAAAACGAAUUUGUUACUGUAUUAGUAUACAGUUAUUUCAAUGUUAUUGUUAAACAUUUUAUACCCAUUAUAGAAUCAAUGAUCAAAACAGAAAAGUAAUAUAUUUUUAAUUAGUAUAUAAAUGUGAGUUAAUUAUUUUAUAAUUAAAAAUAGGUAUGCAUACUUAGAACAAUUAAUAAUUAUGAAAAAUCAAGUUUCAAAAAACUAUUUAACUCCUAAACGUUAUACAAAGCUAAUGAAAUCAUUUACACAUUGGAUGCUUAUACCUUUACAUCAGUGUUGCAAAAAUCAUGGUGAUAAAAAUAUUGAAGCAUACCAGUUAGUAUAUAUAUAUUAAGUAUUUAAUUUAAUUAAAACCUCACUAAAUUUUUGGCACUUAAAUAAACAAAUAAUAUUCAUUAUUUUUAUAACUUGUAGAGAAAAUAAUAAUUUAAUUACUGCAAUUAAAUUGAAUAACAUACAUGCAUUAAUUACAAAUGAAACUAAAAUUCAAAGGAACAAUUUACUUAAGUUUGAAUAUGCUAAUUGCAAAUUGAUUUCAAAUUACAAGACUGAAGGUAUAUCUUAUAAUUAGUCUGCAUAUUGGUAUAAUAUAAUUUGUAUUUUUUUAGAUAUAAAUACAAGUGAAUUUGAUAACAAAGAAAUAAAUCUUAUUCCAAUUUGGGAAUUAAUAAUUGAACGAAAUAUCUUUUCUUAUAUUAAUUAUAAUUUUAUUAAUGAUAAAAUUCAAAUAAGAAAUGGCUACGAUUCUUUAAUAAAGCCAUUGUUGAAGUUUGUUCCAACUGUAUCUCCAUUUUACUACAAUUCAUUAAAAAAAAAUAAAGUUUUCUCUAUUGAAUUUUUGACGGAAUCUUUAAAACAUUCAAUGAACUCUGUUGCUAUUGAUAACCCAGAAUUAUAUUUUGCAUGGUCACCUAAAAAAGUUAUGGAAUUAGAAGACCAGGAAAACGCAGUUAAUCAAGUAUUAAAUACUAAUACAAAUUAUUAAUAUUUUAUAAAUUCUCUAAUACAUUUUGUGUUCUUUAGGAAUCACUGUAUUCAUUUGAACAACCACUAUUCACUACAUUUAUAACUAAUGUUUUACUAAAGAAAACUGACUUAUUUUGCACAUUUUCACCUACACCCUUAAGGCUUAUUGAUAAUAAUAAACAUAAUUUAGUGUUUAUUAAAAGUUUAAUAUGGAAUAGCUCUAAAUGGAAUUCAGAUAUACAGUCAGUUUUAUAUUUUUUAUUAUUUACAUUAUUUUCUUUCUUUUAUUUAAAGUUUUUAUGUUUAUAGGUUUGAAAAUAUAAAAUCAUUAAUAAAAAUGAUUGAAUUAUUUUUCUCGGCUUUACUUCCUGAUGAUAUUUCAUCUCUAGAAGAAUUACACUCUUUAGGAUAUGAUGAAAAAUGUCGCAGUUCUUUUAUAGACAAAGUGGAUUACCAUGAAUCAAUGAUUACAGCUAUUUUUGAUACUGCUAAAGAACUUAGCAAUAUUAAAACUAAUUUAGAUUUAUGCUAUCAUAAAAGAUCUAGUUCAAACACCUAUCUUAUCAAACAGAUACAGUUUAGUGCUGGUCGUUUAUGGGUGCUGUCAGGCAUGGUAUUCCUUGAAAUAUUUAAAGAUAUUGGUCCUGUAGACCCAUUAGAAAAAAUAAAAGUACACAUUGAAUGUUCCAAGGCAGAGGUAAUUCUAUUAACUUGUAUUAAAGUGGGUAAAUUAAUGCCUUUAUAUUAAACAUUUGUUUUUAGAUUAAUAAGCUUAAUAGUAGAUUAAAGGCUGAAAAAUUAUUUUGCGAAGCUGAUGGUAUUUCUGAUAUAUUUCCAUUUAAACAAUAUUAUACUCAGAGACUAAAAUUUUUGAUCAAAGAUAACAAAAAUGUUGGCUAUAGGCCCGAACCACCAAUGUAUAAUGUUAUUUUAAAGGUAUGUUUUAUUAUUCAAACAAUUAUAAUUAAGGUAAAAAUAUUCAUACUUUUAUUUUAGGAUAUAACCCGAUUUUCAAAAAUGUAUGGUUUAGAUAGCAAUACUUAUAAUUUAAUCAACGCAAAUAUUAUGGACCGUGUAACUCUAGUUAAUGAAAUGGAAAAUUGGCUUAAUUCUGUUACUAAUUUUCAUAAUAGUUUAAAUGAAAGAUAUGCUGGUUAUCCAGAUGUUCUAUCUGGAAUACUUCUUUCUGUAAAUCAGGUAUAAACAUAGUAAUUUAUUUUUUAAUAUACAGAAACUAAAACUUAAUAAUUAUUAUAUCAGAUGAGAUAUGGAAUGAGAAUACUAAAAAAUCAAUAUAAAUGGGCUAUACCAAAGGAGAUCAAUUUUACUUAUGAAGAAGAAAUAUUAACACUAUUUGGGGAAUUUCCACGAUUUUGCCCAAACAUUAUAAAAAUGGCAAAUAUAGAUGAUGUAUUGUUAAUGAGCACUAAUGAUAAAUUUAGGUACACAGUAACUUUAAUCUAUUGAACUGAAUCUUAGAUUUUAUUAUACAAUUUUUUUAGGUGGUACAAACUUUGUUUGGAAGAAUUAAAUAAUAUGUUUUAUUUAAGUGGCCAUUCAUGUAAAUGUGAUCAAUACAUAAAUACUAUUGGCAUUAUUCUUGAUAAGUUUGUGAAUAAUUGGAAAUAUCUUCAAGAAGAAAUAGAAAAUAAAAAUCGUGAAGAAGUUAGCAUUUAUAAACAAAGAUCUUUGUGUGAAACUAUACCAUUGGAAAUUGAAAUUAUUCAAGGAGUAUCUCAACAAUUUCCGACAUCCAAACAUGAUUUUAAUGACAUUGAGAGCCCCCUUACACUAGAUACCGAUAUAUGUCAAGAUUCUAUUGCUCCUGAAGUCUAUCACCUUACUGAUAAAGACAUUAAUGAUAUUUGUAAACUACAUACUGAUUUAGUACGACCAGCAGCAUUAGCUUUUUGGUUAUCAGCAUCUUCAGUUAAAUUUGAUCAAAGUGAAGCAGUAAAUAGAUUAAAAAAUUCAUUUUCUGAUAGAUUUUGUUUGUUUGGAAAACUAUUAAUGUCAAAGUUUAUGUAUUUGGAUUCUUCAAUGGAUGGAAAAAUGAUGCCAUGGCUUUUAAUAGCUACUGAUAUAGCAAGUAAUCCUCAAAAAAUUGAUAAUAAAGGUUACUAUGAUUUUUAUCGAGAUUCUAAUUUGGAAUUUUCCAAAAAGACUUUUGAAGUUAUUACUAUAGUUGAGGAACAAAUUCGAAAAUUAAUAUCAGAAUGGCCAGAACAUCCUACAUUACAGACGGUAUGUUAAUAUUGGUUUAAUUGGAUAGUGUCUUAUAAAAUAUUACUUAUAAGAUGUAGAGUAUACGAGGUCUAAUCAAAAAGUAUCAAGACUAUUAAAAAAAUAUAUAUAUAUUUAUUAGAUAAAGUUAUUUAUAUUCCAUUUCCUUCUAAAUAUACUCCUUCUGAGUCUAUACAUGUUCUCCAAUGUUCCUGCCAUUUUUGAAAACACCUCUGAAAAUAAUUUUUAGAAACUCCUUGUAGCUGCUCGCAUUUUGUUUUUUUCCAUCUACAUCUUGAAAAUGUUUACCCUUAAACGCCAUUUUUAUCUUCCGGAAUAAAAAAAAAUCACAUGGAACUAGGUCUGGUAAAUAGGGGGGUUGAGAAACCACUGGGAUAUCAUGUAUGGCUAAAAACUGCUGCACAACAUUGGCUGAAUGGGCUGGUGCAUUAUCGUAAUGCAAUUUCCAACUACCAGACUCUUUAAACUCGAUCUUUUUCUUCGUACAUCAUCUCGUAAAGAAGAACAUCAAUGUAGUACUCCUUUGUUAUUUUCUGUCCUUUUGGAGCAUACUCAUGAUGAAAAACACCUUGGUAGUCGAAAAUAACAGUCAACAUAACCUUCACUUGACUCCAAAUUUAACGAGCAUUUUUGGGUCGUAGCGAAUUAGGUAUCUUCCACUGUGAAGAUUGUACCUUUGUUUCCUGAUCAUAGCCAUAUACCCAAGUCUUGUCACCAGUUAUAAUUUAUUUAAAAAAAAAAUCAUCAGAUUCGGAACACUCUAGCAAAUCUUAUUACUAAUUUCCAUGAUUGUCGUAUUUUUUGGAUCAUUUUCUCAUUGCGGCUUGUUGAUGGGCAUCCUUCACGUUAAUCAUUUUCAACAGUUGUUCUACCCUUUUUAAAUCGUUUAAACCAUUCAAAACCGUGAGCACGGGACAUGGUUACAUUUCCAUAAGCUAACAAUAAUAUUUGGUAGGUUUAAGUAACCGUUUUUCCCAGUUUAUGGCAAAAUUUAAUGCACACUCGUUCUAUAUUUUCGCUCAUAAUGAAAUCCGAUAGGACGUAAAAUCACACUUUACUUAAUCGCACCUAGAAGCCAACUGAGACGAUGUUAAUCUAAUCUAUGUCUAAUAUAUUUUCCCAACAUAUAAAGUUAGAUUAAUAUAGCACAUGCAAGGUCAUACUCAAACCGGUUUACGAUUAAUCUUAUCAGUAUCAAUACUUUUUGAUUAGAUCUCAUACAAUUUUACUAUGCAUUCUGCCUCCAAUAAUGUAACACGUGUAUUCAUUUCUCACAUGAUAUAUCAUUUUAGCCAUUAUUUAAAAUAUUAUAUAAAUGUAUACAAAAACUAGAAAAAGUGAUCAACAAGUAAUUACCGAUUAAUUAUCAUUGAUUUAUUGACUUAUUGAUUUGGUUUUAUCAACCUCAAUUGUUAACUACAAAGGCUUUGGAUUUGGUCAUCUCAGAUUGGUAUAGUAGAUAAUGAAAAGAUUGACGAGGCACCAAUAGAGCCAUACAUUUUUAUGGUUGAGUUAGGUCAAACUUUCCUUAGGGGAGAAAAAAAUUACAUUGAAUGUCAAAACUACUGAGACUUCAUCUCACUGUUAAAAAAUCUAAUCAAAAAUAACAUUUCUUUUUACACCAACCAGACAAUCAGAAUAUUGUUCAUUCCUUUUGACUAAAUACUCAUCUUAUUACCAAUGAAUUUUCAUCCAAAUAAAAUUACUAUAAUAUUCUUAAAAAUCUGAUACAUAACUCUGGGAAAUCUAGAAUACCAAAUUACUAAAUCAAGUCCACCACAAAAAUAAUCUUUUAUAAUUUUUCUUGCACAAAUAAACUAAAUAAAUUUAAAAAAAAUGUAUAUUUAUUUAAUAUAUUAAAACUCUUAGUAAAAGUUUUGAAUUAAUUUUAUGUUAAUACUACAUAUCUAAAUUAUAUACAACUUGAUUAUAAUUAUGAAUAUUAGAAAUUGUAAUUUAUUGUACAAUAACAUAAAAAUAAAUUGAUUUUACAGAUACUUAGAGUAGUUGAGCGGAUAAUGGAUUUCAACUGGGAUAGUCCAGCAUGUCGAUUCCUUAUUGGCCUUGAACUGCUUUUAACUAAACUUCAUGAAUGGGAAAUGGUUGCUCACAAAGGUGUGAGUUUACAUGAAGUAACAUUAAUUAUAACCCAAUGUAUUCAAGAAUAUCGAAACCUUGAGUUAAGUACAUGGAAGGAUUGCUUAAAAACUUCAUUGAUAAAGUAAUAUUAAAAUUUGUUGUACAUAAAUGUUACAUUACCAACAUUUUAAUUUAUCCAUUUGAAUAUAGAGUACAAAAUAAUUCAUCUAAGUGGUGGUUCCAUUUAUAUUCAAUUUUUCAAACAUAUCUACACAACCAAGAAAGUUUCCCACAACUUGUUAUUGCCAUACAAAAAUUUAUGGAAAGUUCAUCUUUAGGAGAAUAUAUUGCAAGAUUAGAAUUACUUUAUACAUUUCACUGUGAUGUAGUUUGUAGAGAAAGUUCUAUAAAACAAACUGAAUUGUGCAAUGCCUCUUGGAAUCUUUUUAAAUAUUAUUCCCAAUUUAAAGAUUCAAUAAAUCAACAAAUUGAAUCACAGAGUGCUGAUAUUAAGAAUAAAUUGCAGGGUUUUAUAAAAAUAGUAAAAUGGAAUGAUAUUAAUUAUUGGACUGUUAAAGAAACGAUUAAUAAAGUCCAACAAACUUUGCAUAAAUAUACACGAGAGUAUCAGGUAUGAUUAUUUUCUAUUUAUUUUAUGUAUACAAGUAUUUAUUUUAAAUUUUAUUUAUUUAUAUAAGUUGUUAAUUAAAGGAAAUUUUAAGUAAACCUGCAUCAUCAGCUAUGAUUACAACUUCAGCAAUAUUGAAUACUAAAACUGAUCGAUAUACUCCACCUACAUUUAUAUUCAACAAUUAUUUGGAAAAAUGCGAGACAACCUUGGUAAAUAAUAAAUUAACUAACUAAUUAAUUAAAUGUAUUGAAUUUUGUUUUUAAUAAAUUAUAUAUAUAUGUAUAUAUUUUCUUUAGAACAUACAAUCUUCAAAAAAAUGUAAUGUUCUUUUAAACAUUAAUAAAUACGCAAAAAAAUUAUUUACAAUUUCGGAAAAUAUACUUACCAAUUGCUCUUAUCCAACACAUAUAACAGAAUUAAAUGACUUUAUAAAUAGUAUUAUGGAAUCUGCUAAUGAAUUACGUGAUUUAAAAGUUGAUCCUGAAUUGUCUAAAGUUAAACAAAAGUCUCAAGCCAAAAACAUUUUGCAACAAAAACGUAAAGCAUUAUCAGAAUUAUUUAAAGCUUUACAAAAUAUUGGUUUGUCUUAUAAAGCUGGUUUAAUUUGUUGUGAAGAAGACCUAAAUUGUUCUGUUGAAUUUGCUAAUUUACCACCCAUUGAUAUCAAUGCAGCUCUUGAUUCACUAACCCCUAAGUAAGUUAAAGUUUUUUGUAUAUACAGUCAAAAACCUCCUUAUAAUAGAACCCCUAUAAGGUGGAAAUUUCCUUAAAAUAGAAAACAACAAUAGAUCUAACAAUCUAUACCCUAUAUUUUAGUCUCCCUAUAAUGGAAACUUUUUUAUAACAGAAAAAUCGGUUGGUUCCCAGUAGUUCCAUUAUUAGAAGGUUUUACUGUAAUUAUUUUAAAAGUUAAUUACCAUUCAAAUUAACAUUUUUGUAUUAAUACUAUAUUAAGUAUAGUCCAUUUUAUUUCUCAAGUUAUUAUCAUUUUCAAUUCAUUAUAUUUUUUUUAGUUAGAAAUUAUAUUUAUUGAUUUAAAUUAAAUAUUUUACCUAAUAAUUUGCACCAAAUUUACAAUUAACUUUCGUGAAUUUAUUUAUACCUAUUUACAUAAUUUUCUAUUCUAAUAUUCAAUAAUAUUAAUUAAUUCUAGACUUGUAGAUGAUGAUUUACGGUGUGCUUGGACUGAUUGUGAAGUAUAUUUUUUGAAGUCUAUAUCUCAAACUUCUGCUUUAAAAUUAUCAUCUGAAACGCCCAAAUUAGGUCCUCUGGAAAUGGACCGUAUCAAGGGUUUUGUUAAUGAUUUAAAGGUAAUCCACAUUAUUUUGUUUAUAUUAUUUGUAUACUGUGCUUAUCUAAUAUAAUUGUAUAACUUAUAGACUGUCACAUGGAAUACCAAAAGAAUAUUAGCUUUAAAUAUUAAUUCUCUUGUUAAUUUCCGAAGUAUGAUUUACUUAUCUGAUCAAAUUACAAAUUCAAAAAGCAUUAUAUUUAAUCCAUCUGAUGAUUUUCAGGUACUAUUUAGUUUUUAUUAUUCAUUAAAUUUAAGAGCUUUUUAUUGAUUGAUUUUGUAUUUAAUUUUUAAAAAAUUAUAUUUUUUUCAGCAACCUGUCAAUUAUUUGAUUAAUGGUAUCAAUAUUUUGCAACAAUUUAAAGUUGCUAUACAAUGCUGUAAUGAAAAUAUAGAUUUCAAAUCAACUGAUUCCAUAACAACUAUAUUUAAUUUAUCAUCUUGUGCUUAUUAUUCUAAAAGCAAAUCAAAUAAAACAUCUAAUGAGAUACUCAAUGAUAUUGAUAAUAUGAUUAAUUUGACUCAAAAUUCACUAAAUUCUUUAAUGGAUAAAAAGACAUAUUGUGCUAUGAAGUUGUCUAAUGUAAAUUUCGUAACUCAGGAAAAUUAUAAAACUGCUGUUGAUAUGUGUGAUAAAUUAAGAGAGUAUAUUAUUGGAUUCUACAAAGAUAUAUGGAUAAAUGAUAGUAACACAUUAAACAAACAUAAUUUUAAAUGUCAAAGUUUUGUAACUGAGAAUAAUGAACAACCAUUAGAAGAAAUGAACAAUUUUAUUUCUCAAGUUCUUAAAUCAAUAGAAAAAUUGUACAAAAAACAAUUAGAAAUUAAAUCUGAAAAUGAAGAGAAAAAAUUAUUAAAAUAUCUCAUUAUUCAACCUCUGUCUUCUGAUUUAGAAGAUUGUGAUUUAGCUUCUAUUACCAAUCAGUUUAAAAAUAUACUAAAAUUAUCUGUUGGUGACAAUUUAUUAAAAGUAUGCCGUCCACUAUUUGAGCAAUAUAUAUUACUAGUACAAUAUUUUAUUACUCAACAAACAAUGGUUUAUAGAGUUCUAGUAAAAAUGAGUUAUUUACUAUCUACUUUAUUUACAGAUCUUGCUUCAAAUGUAAGUUUACAAUAAAAUAUUUUAUUUGUUUAUAUUAUUAAUAUUUUUCUUCAGGGUUUUUGCAUACCUGAUGAAUUAUUGGAAGGUGAAGAAAACGCACAGUUUGACUGUAAGAAUGGUGGAUUAGGUUUAGAUGAUGGUGAAGGAAAAAAAGAUGUUUCAAAUGAAAUUGAAAGUCAAGAUCAAUUAGAGGAUGCUAAACAAAAUUAUAAUGAUCAACAAGAACUAGAUAAAGAUCUUAAGGUAAUUAUAAGCUAAUUAUAUAAGCUACAUUAAUGAGAGGCUCAGUUAUUUUCUAGACUUGGUCUUGUAUAAUAUUUAUUUUUUAGGAAGAAGAACAUGGUGUAGAAAUGUCAGAUGAUUUUGAUGGAAAAUUGCAUGAUGUAGAACAAAAUACUUGUGAAAAUGAAGAAAAUGAUGGUGAAGAUUGUGAUAAAGAAAUGGGAGAAACUUCUGAAGGUGCAGAUACUUUAGAUGAAAAACUGUGGGGUAAUGAUUCUGAAGAUGAAAAUGGUGACGAACAGGAAAUCAAUGAUUUAAAAGAAGACGUUGAUGGCCAGGAUGGUGAAGAUAUUGGAAAUAAAUCGCUUGGUCCUAAAAGUGAAAUUCCUACUGCUGAAGCUAAUGAACAUAAUGAUGAAACAGAUGAUCAAAAACAUAAUAACCUCGAAAAAGACAUAAAUGAAUUGGAUGAAAAUGGUGAACCAGUAGGGGAAGAUCAUAUUGAUUCAAUGCAUGGAAAUAUGCAACCUCCUCCUGAACCAGAGCCUAUGGAUUUACCAAAUGAUCUUCAGUUGGAUGAAGGUGAAAUGAAUGAUAACGAAGAAAAAUUUGAAGAAGAUAAUCCUUUUGAUAUAGAUGUUAUGAAAGAAAAUGUUGAUGAAAACAUAAACAAUGACGAUGGUGUUGAAUUUGAAGAAUUAAAAGAAAAUCUCAAUAACUUAGAAGAACUUAGUGAUGAAGAAACUAAGUCUGAGGACAAUGAACAUUUAGAAGGAAACCAAUUUGAUGAUACAAACAAUGAUGACAGUAACAAACUAGAUGAUGAAGUAAAGGAAACUGACACGAAAAUAAAUUUAGAAGAAGCUAAUCCUUCAAAUGAUAAACCUAGUCAAAUCGAAACACAACCGUCCAAUCUAGAUAAUAGUGGCUCUAAAGAUCAAGUCUGUCAAAAUGCUGAUGGACAAGAUAAAAAUGAAGAAUUUGAAUCAAAUACAGAAGAAGCCACAGGUCCCGAGACGCAGGGUGUAGGUCAAUCUCAGAGAGAAAGUAAAGAUACUAAAGAAGGACAUAGUAUUGAUCAAAAUAUAGGUAAUCCCAGUGAAGAAUCUGGAACUCAAAAUAAACGAAGAUUAAAACCCGGUGAAAAAGAUAUAGACAGAACCUUGGGUAAGAAAUAUACAUAACUAUAAAUUGACUAAAUUUUAUUGUUAAAUAAUUUUCUUUCUUUUCAUUUAAAAUGUAAUUAUGUUUAGUUAAAAUGUCUGUACACCAAUGUUUUUUUUGUUUUUGUAAUUUAAUAUUUUUCUUCCUUAGCUGAAAAUAUUGGUCCAAUGAAAAAACGAUUAAAAACAACUGAUAUUCAAGAGGAAUAUAAAAAUGAAGAUAAUCAUAAUAAUGUGAAUGAAAAUAAUGAUGCAAAAAAAAGUGAAUUAUUCAAACACAUUAAGGAAUCUAAAAAUGGCGAUACUGAAACCUUAGAUGCUGCUACAAAUGUAAAUUUUUUAACAAUUUAAAAAAAAAAAAAAACAAUUUUCUUCAUUAAAAUGUUGAUAAUUAUAAUAAUAAUUUGUUUAUAGGAACAACUUGAAAAAAUGCCUGUACCAAACAUUGAAAAUCAAAUAGGAGAAGAAUUAAAAGAAGAUGAUGAAAUGGAAGUUGAAGAAAUGGAAGUUGAAGAAAUUUCAAAUGAAAAUAAAACCAAAGAACUUGGUGAAGAAAUUUUGCCUGAAAAAAUAAAAUCAAAAAUUAAAAACAAACAAUCUAUGAAUGAUUCUGAUUGCCAAAAAAUAGAAGAUAAUCUAAUUGAAAAACAUACAAUUGAUGGUGAAGUAGUUCUUACGCAUACAGCUGAACGUGGUAUGGACACAAUGUUCCAUACCAUGGAUGUCACAGAAGAUAACGAUGAAUUUUCUUUGAGCAAAACUGAUUUUAACGAAUUGAUUAAGAACCAAUUUCACAAAUGGGUAGAGGUAAAUUUUAUUUUUUUAACUAUUAUUUUUGAAAUUGAAAAAGAAAAGGUAGAGUCAUAAUUGUUUAAUUUAUAUUUAAACAACAAUAAACUAUAUAUACCCAAAUAAGUGAGGUUCAGUUAUAGAUGUUUUGAAAUGUCAAUAUUUAUAUUUUUUAUCUCCAUAGUACCUAUUAUAAAGAUCUAAAAAAUGUUAAAUACAUAUAAAUAUCUCCACAUUUUUACCAAAUCUAGAGAAGGUCAAUAUAAAUUAUUUGUGAAAAUUUUAAGUCUCAACAAAUAUUUUUAACAGAAUUGCAACAAAAUACUAACUAGAUUCAAAGUUUAACAAAAGAAGUCUCUUGGCAUUUUUUUGAAUGGAAUUUUUGGUAAAAAACAAUUCUGAAAAAAUAAUGAAAUUAAUAAUGCUUGUUAAUAUUUGUCCAGUUUUCCUAUACAUUUAGAUUAGCUUAAUUAUUUUGAAAACUUUGGUAAAACAAAAAAAAUGAUCUCUUUAAUGUUGUACCAACUAGAUAAAAUACAUCAAGUUCUUGUUAUUUAUUAAUUAAAUUAAGAUUUUUUGUAGAAAAGUUGUUUACAGACACACAAAAAAAAAAGUCAUAAUAAACUAUAUUUAUCUUUUUUAGAACCAAAAUGAUGAUGGACUUCAAAAUAAUGAAGAAUGGCAUAAAUUUAUGAAUACAACUUCUUCUCUAUCUCAAGAGUUAAGUGAACAGUUGCGAUUAGUUUUAGAACCAAGUAAAGCAUCUAGAUUACAGGGAGAUUUUAGAACUGGUCGAAGAAUAAACAUGAGACGAGUUAUACCUUAUAUUGCUAGUCAGUUUAGAAAAGAUAAAAUAUGGCUAAGAAGGACAAAGCCCUCAAAACGACAGUAUCAGAUCAUUAUGGCUGUUGAUAAUUCUAGUAGCAUGAUUGAUAGCAUGGCUAAAGAUGUGAGUAGACAGUAUAUAUUUUUAGUUUUAGCUGCUUGAUAGUUUUGUUAAUUUCUUGAACAUUUAAGUCAUUUAAUUAUUAAUUAAAGUUUCUAUCGUAAAUUUAACUAAAACAUGAUGUUUUGUAGUUCAAUGUUGAAGAUAACAUACAUAUUCAUCUUAGGUAUAAUGAGAAAUUAAUAACUGGUCAAUCAUUUGUUAUAAACUUCCUUUUGUAUUAGAUAUAUAAAUAAACAUGUAUAAUAUAUUUGUAUUAUUAUAAUCACAACUAAUGUUUGGUACUAGAAAAAGUAACAAAACUCAAAGCAUUAUGUUCAAUAUUAUUUAUAAAUUUAAUGUUAUAUAAUUUGUAUUUGUGUUUUAGUUAACCUUCAAGUCUCUAGCACUUGUGAGUAAAGCACUCACAUUAGUUGAAGCUGGUGAAUUAGGUGUUAUGAGUUUUGGAGAACAUGCUAGAAUUGUGCAUCCACUUGGUGAACCUUUUUCUGAUCAAACAGGCGCUAAACUGAUGCAUGAAUUUACUUUUAAUGAGGAUAACACUAAAGUUGGUGAACUUGUGGAACUAGCUACAGCAGUAUUUGAAAAUAGGGGUCGGUUAGAUGAUAGUGAUAAACCAGCUCAACUAUUAGUCAUAAUGAGUGAUGGUCGCAGAAUAAAAUGUGAAGGACCGGAUAUUUUAUCAAAUGCUAUCAGAUCAGCUAAAAUUAAUGGAAUAUUCAUUGUUUUUAUUAUUAUUGACAAUCCAACAUCCAAGGUUUGUGUACAUACUUAGACAAUAUAUCAGUAUUAAUUUUAUUAAAUUGUUUUCUUGAUUUAUACAAAUAAAUUGUGUGUACUGUUAUUAAAAAUAAUCAUUUUCACAAAAAGUUAAGCCCAAUCUUAUUAAUUAUUUCAAAUGAAGUUAUUAUUACCAGACUUAAAACUUUAAAGACUGAAUACUUUUAUUAAAUUUCAACAUUAAUUUUUAUAUAUUUAGAACUGCAAAAUAUAUUUUAAAGUUGAUAGUUCUCAAUUUCGUACUGCUGUAAACAAUUUUAAAUCACUGAAGAGUCUAAAUUUAUUUGUUACUUGCCAUUUAGGUAAUUGAUUAUAGAAAUAUAUUUAAUACAUUAUUACAUUAAUUGUGAAGAUUUAAAACAAUAUAUUAGUAAAAGUACUAAAAAAAUAAUGUUUAUUUAUUAAAUAUUUAAAUAAACAAUUUAUAUGUAGAAAUUAAUAAAUAAACAUACGAAUGUGCCUAAUAUAUUAAGGUAUGUAUAUUGUACGGUUUAAAAUUAAAAAUUUAUCAUGAAGUAAAUUACCAAGUUAAAAAUUGAAACUCAACAAAGUAUGAAAAAAUAAAUGUAGAAAUACAUAGAGAAAAAAAAUUAUUUUGCAUAGAGAUAAUUUAUUUUAAUAAGAGAGAUUAUUAAAAAUAAGUUGUUAUUAGACAUAGAUAUGUUUAUUUAUUGUAAUUUUUUUUAAAUUAACUAAAUUAACUACUAAACUCAGUUUGGUUGUACUGAAAUAUUAAAUAGUUUUUAAAUAAAAUAUUUAUAUACUCCUUUUUUUCAUUUUUAGGAUUCUAUUCUAGAUAUGAAAAUACCAAUAUUCGAGAACAAUUCAGUUCGUAUUGAAUCAUAUAUGGACCACUUUCCAUUUUCAUUUUAUGUUGUUUUAAGAGAUGUUGAUAAAAUGCCUGGUGUUUUAAGUGACGCACUUAGAGAAUGGUUUGACCUAGUUACUAACUAGUUAUCUAAUAAAUAAGUUUUCAUUAUAUAUACACAUAUGCUGGGUUGUUAACUCAACAGAAAACAUUGAUUAUCUCAAAAAGUAUUAAAUUUAUUCCCAGAAUUUUUUAUUUUUUUGUUAUUCGUUUUGUAGGUAAAACUACUACGUACUUUUGAUUUUAGAAUAGCAAUCUAUAUUAAAAGUAGGUAGUUGUUCACUCUUUAAAUUAAUACUAAUACAACAUUUUAGAACCAUUUGUUUCUUAAAUUUUCAAAUAAAAAAUAUUAAUACUUUAUAAGAUAAUGAAUUUUCUCUGUUGAGUGAAUCAACUAUUUUAUAAAAGUAUGUUUUAUGUUCAAGUAAAAUUGCCAAUUGUGUACUUAAUAAUUGUAUGUAUCUUUUUUUUUUAAUAUUAAUUUUCUACUACAAUUUUCUAUAGUUCUAUUAUGAAG